AGCGGAAAGGGCGGCUUCCGGGAUGUGGCGGGGUCUUUGUCUCUCGCUGCAGUCGGAGUACCUGGUCUAGUGUUCGCUGUUCUGCGUCCUCUGCUCCUAGAGGCCCAUCCUCUGUGGCCCUGUGACCUGCAGGUAUUGGGAGAUCCACAGCUAAGACGCUAGGACCCCCUGGAAGCCUAGAAAUGGGAGUGUUGACAUUUAGGGAUGUGGCCAUAGAAUUCUCUCUGGAGGAGUGGCAUUGUCUGGACACUGCACCGCAGAAUUUAUAUAGGAAUGUGACGUUAGAGAACUAUAGAAACCUGGUCUUCCUGGGUAUUGCUGCCUCUAAGCCAGAUCUGAUCACCUGUCUGGAGCAAGGAAAAGAACCUUGGAAUGUGAAGAGACAUGAGAUGGUAGCUGAACCCCCAGUUGUAUAUUCUUAUUUUGCCCAAGACUUUUGGCCAAAGCAGGGCAUAAAAAAUUGUUUCCAAAAAGUGAUACUGAGAAGAUAUAAAAAAUGUGGACAUGAAAAUUUACAGUUAGGAAAAUACCAUAAAAGCAUGGAUGAGUGUAAGGUGCACGAAGAAUGUUACAAUGGACUUAACCAGUGUUUGAGAACUACCCAGGGCAAAAUAUUACAAUGUGACAAAUAUGCGAAAGUCUUUCAGAAAUUUUCAAAUGCAAACAGAUAUAAGAUAAGACAUACUGGAAAGAAACCUUUCAAAUGUAAAGAAUGUGAAAAGUCAUUUUGCAUGCUUUCACACUUAGCUCAACAUAAAAGAAUUCAUACUGGAGAGAAACCCUACAAAUGUAAAGAAUGUGGGGAAGCCUAUAAUGAGGCCUCAAACCUUUCUACACAUAAGAGAAUUCAUACUGGAAAGAAACCUUACAAGUGCGAACAGUGUGGAAAAGCCUUUAACCGGCUCUCACACCUUACUACACAUAAGAUAAUUCAUACUGGAAAGAAACCCUACAAAUGUGAGGACUGUGGCAAAGCUUUUAACCAAUCUGCAAACCUUACUACACAUAAGAGAAUUCAUACUGGAGAGAAACCCUACAAAUGUGAAGAAUGUGGCAAAGCUUUUAGCCAGUCCUCAACCCUUACUACACAUAAGAUAAUUCAUGCUGGAGAGAAACCCUACAAAUGUGAAGAAUGUGGCAAAGCUUUUAACCAAUCCUCAACCCUUACUACACAUAAGAUAAUUCAUACUGGAGAGAAAUUCUACAAAUGUGAAGAAUGUGGCAAGGCCUUUAGCCGGUUCUCACACCUUACUACACAUAAGAGAAUUCGUUCUGGAGAGAAACCCUACAAAUGUGAAGAAUGUGGCAAAGCUUUUAAACAAUCCUCAACCCUUACUACACAUAAGAGGAUUCAUUCUGGAGAGAAAUUCUACAAAUGUGAAGUGUGUAGCAAAGCCUUUAGCCGGUUCUCACACCUUACUACACAUAAGAGCAUUCAUUCUGGAGAGAAGCCCUACAAAUGUGAAGAAUGUGGCAAAGCUUUUAACCUAUCCUCACACCUUACUACACAUAAGAUAAUUCAUACUGGAGAGAAGCCCUACAAAUGUGAAGAAUGUGGCAAAGCUUUUAACCUAUCCUCACACCUUACUACACAUAAGAUAAUUCAUACUGGAGAGAAACCCUACAAAUGUGAAGAAUGUGGCAAAGCUUUUAACCAGUCCUCAACUCUUUCUAAACAUGAGGUAAUUCAUACUGGAGAGAAACCCUACAAAUGUGGAGAAUGUGGCAAAGCCUUUAACCAGUCCUCAACCCUUACUACACAUAAGAUAAUUCAUACUGGAGAGAAACCAUACAAGUGUGAAGAAUGUGGCAAAGCCUUUAACAACUCCUCUAUUCUUAACAGACAUAAGAUGAUUCAUACUGGAGAGAAAUUCUACAAACCUGAAAGUUGUGACAAUGCUUGUGACAACAUCUCAAACAUUUCCAAACAUAAAAGAAAUUGUGCUGGUGAGAAAACAUAGAAAUAUGAAUAAUGUGACAAAGACUUUAAAUGGUUAUCACACUUGUUUGUAGGUAAGGUAAUUCAUACUGGAGAAAACAUCACAAAUGUGAACAGUGUGGCAAGACUUAAACAAUGCUCACACCUUAUUGCACAGGAAAGCCUUUAUACUUGAGAACAAAUGUACAAAUAUAAAGAAAGUAAAAAAGUGAUUAAUAUCUGCUCACAUCUUAACAUCAGAGAAUUUAUACUUAAUAGCAUUAAAAGUGCAAUUACUGUCAAAAGACUCUUGAGAAAAUGUAAGCCUUUAAAGUGCUGAAGAGGAUUUAUUUUGAAGACAAACAUUACAAAUAUAAAGAGAGUUGUAGUAACUUUACUUGUAACACAGAUCUUGUUGUAUUCAUUUUGUAUUAGAGGCAAACCGUGAAGCAAUUACUCAAACUUUGUUCAAUAUCAGUGAAUUUAUAUUGAAGAAAAACCCUGUAAAUGUAAUAAAUUUAGAAAAAAAAUUUAUUCAAAAACUACAGAUUAGAAAACUCCAGAGAGUUCAUACUAAAAUAUAUUUUUGCAGAUGCAGUAAAUAGGAAAAAAAAUUUAAUCCAAAAUUAAGUCUAUGUAGAUAUCAGCGAAUUUACAUUAGAAAUAUAUAAGGCACUGACACUUCAGAUUUUACACUAAAUCAGAGUUCUGAGUUUAGAAAAUAAUCCAAAACUAAAGUUGGUAGAAAAAUUAUUUGUAUAUAACUUUAAAAGGGUAGAAGAUUUUUUGGAGAGUUAUAAUUACAUUACAAGUAUACUUUUUUUGGAAAGUUUACAGAUUUUUAAAAAAGUAAUGUAAUUAACUCUCAAAUUACUUCAUGUAAAUAAUGUUGUAAUUAACUCAAAUUACUUCAUGCUAAAUAAAUUAACUUCUUUCUUUCUUUUUUUUUUUUUUUUU